AUGCUCCCCACGCCGCUAGCUUGCACGCACCCGCCCACAGUCGUCAACCACGCUAAUCCAAGCCACUUCCGGACGCCCAGGACUUUCAAUCUACUCGCAUACACGGCUGCCGCCGUUUAUGACGCUCCAAGAAGCACGACUUCGGGUUCAGGAUCGGGCGACUACUGCCGCCCGCCUACGCCUGUUUGUGACAAGCGAGCCGUGCCGAACGGGUUCAAGCAAAUGCCUGGCCUGAGGCCGCUGCUCUGCAGCUCGUCACUUUGCCGAGCGACCAUCGCCGACAACAACUAA